CUGCAAGCGCCUGUCAGUGUGUCUGCGCACUUCCCAGCCCCAGCAAUUCCCUCCCAUGCAAUUGCAGACCUCCCGAUGCGAGGAUGCCUGCAGUUAGCCAGGUGGCUGAGCGCAGCGCCGAAAUGCUCUGCUACAAGCCUCCUCAAGCCGCCCACCGGCCUUUCUAACCCAGCCCGGUUUUUCACCUCCUCCGCAGCCUACGCGGCAUCGCGCCCCAAGUCGAUUGCCCGCCAGCCGUCCUCCGAACUCGAAGACCGCAUCGCAGCCAUCCCGAUCGACCGAUACCGUAACUUCUGCAUUGUCGCCCACGUUGACCAUGGCAAAAGUACACUCUCCGACCGACUCCUCGAACUCACGGGCACGAUUCAACCGGGAACCAACAAGCAGGUUCUGGACAAACUUGAUGUCGAACGUGAACGGGGUAUUACUGUGAAGGCACAAACAUGUACCAUGAUCUACAACCAUAAAGGCGAAGACUACCUGCUACAUCUCGUUGAUACCCCCGGACACGUGGACUUCCGCGCGGAGGUUUCGCGCAGUUAUGCUAGUUGCGGAGGAGCGUUGCUCUUGGUUGAUGCCAGCCAAGGCAUUCAGGCCCAGACUGUUGCAAACUUCUACCUUGCAUUCUCUCAGGGCUUGGAACUGAUUCCUGUUAUCAACAAGGUGGACUUGCCGUCCGCCGACCCGGAUCGCGCUCUCAAGCAGCUGCGAGAAUCGUUUGAACUCGAUACGGAUAACGCAGUGCUCGUGUCAGCAAAGACCGGUUUGAAUGUGCAGGAAUUACUUCCGAGUGUGGUUGAGAACAUCCCAGCACCUGUCGGUGACCUCAAAAAGCCUCUCCGAAUGCUCCUCGUUGACUCGUGGUACGAUACCUACAAGGGCGUCGUUUGCCUGGUUCGUGUUUUCGAUGGCGAAAUCAGACCAGGAGACCACGUUGUGUCAUUCGCGACAGGAAUCAAAUACUACGUCGGAGAAGUCGGCAUCAUGUACCCCAAUGAGAUAUCACAAUCGGUCCUUCGUGCUGGUCAGGUCGGCUACAUCUUCUUCAAUCCGGGUAUGAAGCGAAGCAAGGAAGCUAAGAUCGGUGACACCUACACCACAGUUGGAUCGGAGAAGCUUGUCGAGAUGCUUCCGGGCUUUGAAGAGCCCAAGGCCAUGGUUUUCGUCGCCGCUUAUCCGGUUGACGCGGAUCAUUUCGAGCAUCUGGAGGAUAGUGUCAACCAACUCUGCCUCAACGACAGAAGUAUCACUCUGCAGAAGGAGUCGUCCUAUGCUCUUGGUGCGGGUUUCCGGCUCGGAUUCUUGGGCACUCUACAUUGUUCCGUCUUCGAGGAUCGUCUGCGCCAGGAGCACGGUGCCAGUAUCAUCAUCACUCCUCCCUCGGUUCCCAUCAAGUUGAUCUGGAAGGACGGCAGGGAGGAAAUCAUCACCAACCCCGCCAAGUUCCCCGAGGAAGAUGACGUGCGCUCCAAGGUCGCCGAGAUCCACGAACCCUACAUCCUCGCGACUUUGACGCUCCCGGAUGAGUACCUCGGAAAGGUCAUUGAGCUGUGCGAGGCCAAUCGCGGCGUCCAGCAGAGCAUUGAGUAUUUCACGUCGACCCAGGUCAUUCUCAAGUACGAAAUCCCCCUUGCGCAGCUGGUCGACGACUUCUUCGGCAAGCUGAAGGGUUCCACCAAAGGAUAUGCCACCUUGGAUUAUGAGGAGUCCGCUUGGCAGCGGAGUCAUGUCGUCAAGCUCCAACUCCUGGUUAACAAGGCACCUGUGGAUGCCGUCGCGCGACUCAUUCACACUAGCCAGGUUGCGCGGCUGGGCAGACAAUGGGUGACGAAGUUCAAGGAGCACGUUGACCGACAGCUCUUUGAGGUCGUGAUCCAGGCGGUUGUCGGGCGCAAGGUUGUGGCAAGAGAGACAAUCAAGCCGUACCGGAAGGACGUGUUGGCGAAGCUUCAUGCCAGUGAUGUCGGUCGACGUCGGAAGCUGUUGGACAAGCAGAAGGAGGGCCGGAAGAAGCUGCGGGCGUUCGUCGCCGACCCCGCCGCCGCGGUCGUCUGCAAUUUCUCCCCUCCCGCCGUCGACUUCUCUUGCCGAUCCUCCUUCACCUGUCUCUCAGACUGGCUGGCGCAUCGCAACCCGCCUCCCGAAGGUGUGCAGGUCGACCUGGGCAAGGCCCAGGUCAUCGACCGCGUUCCCAAAGUUAUCAAGGAGUUGAAGUUUGGUGUUCUGUCCAACGAUGACAUUGUCAGCCAGGGUGUGGUGGAGGUGUCCGACCGGAAGUUCUUCGAUCUCGACCAUGACCGAGCCGUGGUAGCCAACGGCCCUCUCGAUGCGCGCAUGGGUAUCUCGAACAAGACCGCAUCAUGUCAGACGUGUGGUGGCGCCCUCCAGGUGUGCAAUGGUCACUUCGGUCACGUCCGGCUCGUCCUUCCGUCCUUCCACGUCGGUUAUUUCAAGCGGGUUAUUACGAUUUUGCAGGAGGUUUGCAAGGAAUGUUCGCACAUCUUACUCCCCGAAGCGGAGCGCCGUUCCUACCUCCGUGAAAUGCGUCGUCCGGGAUUGGAUAAUUUGAGACGGUUGCAGAUUGCGAAGCGCAUCAACGAGCGUUGUCGUAAGACGCGCAAUUGCGAAAAGUGUGGUGCGGUCAAUGGUGUCGUCAAGAAGGCGGGAACCAGUGCGCUCAAGAUUACCCACGACAAGUUCCGUGCGUUCAAUGCGUCUACCUCGGUCAAGAAGGUUCCGCCGCCCAGCAAGAUUGUCUUCGAUCGGUCAUUCGAUGAGGCCAGGACGUCCAACGCGGAGGUGGAAAAGCACUACAAGAAGGCACAGGAUGAUAUGAAUGCUCUGCGCGUGUUGAACCUGUUCAAGAAGAUUUCCGAUACCGAUUGCGAACUGCUGGGUCUGAAUCCGAAGGAGGCGAGACCGGAGAUGUUCCUCUGGCAGUUUAUCCCUGCGCCCCCGGUGUGUAUUCGUCCGUCCGUCGGUCAGGAUGCGGCGUCGACUGAGGACGACUUGACUGCGAAGCUGGGUGAUAUUGUUCAGAGUAACCUGAACUUGAAGAACGCAUUGCUCAAGGGAGCCCCGGUACAGACGAUCAUGGAAUGCUGGGAUUACAUGCAGCUGCAGAUUGCCGUCUACAUCAACAGCGAUGUGCCCGGUCUCAACAAGGCCGAUCUUGGAAAGCCCAUUCGCGGUUUCGUGCAGCGGCUGAAGGGAAAGCAGGGUCGAUUCCGUGGUAACUUGUCCGGAAAGCGUGUGGAUUUCUCCGGUCGUACUGUCAUUUCGCCCGAUCCUAACCUGCGGGUCGAUGAAGUCGCCGUUCCGGAGCUGGUGGCUAAGAACAUGACUUACCCCGAGGUUGUUACCCGGUACAACAAGGAAAAGCUCCAGGGGAGAGUCCGCAACGGUACGAAGAAGUGGCCCGGUGCGAAUUAUAUCAUGAAGAAGGGCCAAACUUUCAAACUCUUCCUCAAGUAUGGUAAUCUGAAUAUGAUUGCCGAUCAACUGCAGGAGGGAGAUGUCAUUGAGCGUCACAUUGAGGACGGUGAUAUCGUUCUGUUCAACCGACAGCCCUCCCUGCACAAGCUCAGUAUUCUCUCCCAUUUUGCCAAAGUCCGUCCUCAUCGGACUUUCCGACUGAACGAGUGUGUUUGCAACCCGUACAACGCAGAUUUUGACGGUGAUGAAAUGAACCUGCACGUGCCUCAGACUGAGGAGGCGAGAGCGGAGGCGAUGGAACUGAUGGGUGUGAAGAACAACUUGGCGACGCCCAAGAACGGAGAACCGAUCAUUUCCGCUAUCCAGGAUUUCAUCAGUGCGGCCUACGUGCUGAGUAGCAAGGAUAACUUCUUCGACCGCCGUUCAUUUACGCAGAUAUGUCUGUACAUGCUCGGGCCGCAGACACGGUUCGACCUUCCUGCGCCCGCCAUCCUUAAGCCUCAGAUGUUGUGGACGGGAAAGCAGGUCUUCAACAUUCUCAUGCGUCCGAACACGGAUGACCCCGUGCUUGUCAACCUGGACGCUGCGUGCAGAGAAUUCAAGGCGCCAAAGGAUGGCGCACCACGAGACUUGGAUCCUAAGGAUGCCUGGCUCGUCAUCCGAAACUCCGAAGUCAUGUGUGGUGUGAUGGACAAAUCCACCAUUGGUUCCGGAAAGAAGGACAAUGUGUUCUACAUUAUGCUGAGAGAUUUCGGGCCCGUGGCGGCGGCUGAGGGUAUGAACCGCCUGUCCCGACUUUCGGCGCGUUGGUUCACAAACAUGGGUUUCUCUAUCGGUAUCACGGACGUUUAUCCCAGUGAAAAGCUGCUGGAGUCGAAGAACGACCUGGUCGAGACGGCGUACGCGAAGUGUGACGAGGUCAUUGCCCAGUACAAGGCCGGAACCCUGGAAAAGUAUCCAGGCUGUGACGAGCUGCAGACAAUGGAGAAUCAGCUGUCUGGUAUUCUCAGUAAGGUCCGUCAGCAGGCCGGAGACGAAUGUAUCGCUCAAUUGAGCAAGUACAACUCGCCCCUGAUCAUGGCUACGUCCGGAUCCAAGGGUUCGAGUAUCAAUGUCUCGCAGAUGGUUGCCCUGGUCGGACAGCAGAUUAUCGGUGGCCAGCGUGUGCAGGACGGCUUCCAGGACCGUACCUUGCCCCAUUUCCCGAAGAACGCCCGCCAGCCGCCUUCGAAGGGUUUCGUCCGCAACAGCUUCUUCUCCGGGUUGACGCCUACGGAAUUCAUCUUCCACGCCAUGUCCGGUCGUGAAGGUCUGGUCGAUACGGCCGUCAAGACUGCCGAGACGGGUUACAUGUCUCGUCGGUUGAUGAAGUCCCUGGAAGAUCUGUCUACGCGGUACGAUGACACCGUGCGCAACUCAUCCUCGGCCAUCGUUCAGUUCCAAUACGGUGAUGAUAAGCUUGAUCCCUUGGACAUGGAGGGUAAGGCCAAGCCCGUCCACUUCGACCGGACUUUCAUUCACGCCGAGUCCACAACUUAUAAGAACGAGGAGCCGAGUUUGCUCCCGGCCGAGAUCAUGGAUAUCUGCGAGCAGAUGCUCGGGAAGGAACGCGCAAAGCUGGUGCGGAAGGAUUUGAUGGGUAAUGAGCUUGGCUACAUGGACCGCAGUGAUCACGGUAUCGACCAGUACGAAAGUGCGCGCGAUUUCCUCGAUUCCAUCCAGCAAUACGUUUCUACCAAGGCAGACAAGCUGAUCUCGCGUGGUGGUGACAUCGAUCCCAACGACGAGCGCAGUCGACAGGGUCUGAACCACACCGGCAAGCUGACGGAUCGCACGCUCCGGGCUUUCAUCUCGUCGUGUUUGAUGAAGUACAAGAAGGCUCAGGUCGAGUCCGGUCACGCUGUGGGUGCGGUUGGUGCGCAGUCUAUCGGUGAGCCCGGUACCCAGAUGACGCUGAAGACUUUCCAUUUUGCUGGUGUCGCCGGUAUGAGUAUUACUCAGGGUGUGCCCCGUAUCAAGGAAAUCAUCAACGCCUCCAAGGAGAUCAGUACGCCUGUUGUUGCGUGCGAGCUGGUCACGAAGGACAGCACCAUCGCAGCGCGGAUUGUCAAGGGACGAAUUGAGAAGACCUACCUGCGGGACAUCAUCCACUACGUCCGGGAGACGUGGACGGGCAAGGAGGCGUACAUCACGGUCAAGAUCAACUGGAAGACGAUCCAGGACUUGGCGCUCGAGCUGAAGAUCGAGAACAUCCUCUCCGCGAUUAAGAGCCACAAGCGGUUCAAGGCCGACGAUCUGAAGUUCCGGUGCUCGCGGUCCCACAUCCACAUCUACAUGGACGUCGACCCGAGCAGCAAGGCCACGCUCUCCAAGACGGAAAUCGCGUCGACCAGCGCGGAUCCGUUCCUCCGGCUGAAGCAUCUGAAGCGCAUGCUGCCCGACAUCCAGGUGCUCGGUCACCCGCUGGCAUACCGUGCCAUUAUCCGCACGGACGAAACGUCGACGACGAACACACUGCUGGUGGAAGGCUACGGACUGCGGGCGUGCAUGACCACGCUCGGAGUCGACGGUCUGCGCACAUCGACCAACAACAUCAUGGAGAUGCGCGACGUCCUCGGUAUUGAAGCCGCGCGGUCCACCAUCGUGCAGGAAAUUAGCGAGGUGAUGAAGGACAUGGACAUCGACCCGCGCCACAUGCAGCUCCUGGCAGACGUCAUGACCUACAAGGGCGAGGUGCUCGGUAUCACGCGAUUCGGUCUGGCGAAGAUGCGUGAUUCCGUCCUGCAGCUGGCAUCGUUUGAGAAGACGGCGGACCAUCUGUUCGACGCCGGUGGUGCCGGUCGCACGGAUCUCAUCGAGGGUGUGUCGGAGUGUAUUAUCAUGGGCAAGACGGUGUCGCUGGGCACGGGAGCGAUGGAGGUCGUGCGCAAGAUGAACUUCUUCCAGGGCCAGAUCGGGGCGCGCAAGACCACGUUCGAGGAUACCUGGACGGAGGUGUACGAGGCGCCGCUGGAGAAGGGCAAGCGACGGAAGACGCGGUCAUGAUCCAGACUCCGUAUCGAAUCUUCAUGCCGAAGGGUUGGUCAUGUCUAAAAGUAGCAUACCCGGCGUUUUGAGAUGUACUUUAUGGUUUUAGCGAUACCGCGAGGUAGACGACAGUCUUGUACAUGCC